UAAAGAUUCGAUUGGUGUUGUCAACAAAAACAUGUAAGAAAAAUACGAACAUGAAACUUCAAAACAAUCAUCAACUUAUUACCAGUAAAACCCUAACGAAACUAUGGAGUUUUACAGCUAAAGACAGGUUUAAUUGUAUACGACUAGGCACCAUAUUCAGACAAACGGGAUCAAGUCUGGUUGUUGGUGGAGAAGAUGGUAACAUUAGAAUAUAUGAUUUACCUAUUACAGGUAGUCCAUCAAAACCACAGGUUGUUUUAGAGAGUAAAGGUGGACCUAUACAGACUAUGUGUAUAUAUGAUAUAACCAAGUUUUAUCAUAACGAUUUAUUGGUAGCUGAUUCACAGGGUCUGUUAACAGUCUUCUGUAACAAACAGAUUCUCAGUCGACAAACUAUAUCAACAGACUGUAUUAAUUCACUUCAAGUUCUACAAGAUUCAACCGGUUGUAGUCAAAUUAUAACUGGUACAGAUACCGGUGUUAUUACAGCCUCACUUCCAGCUUCAGAAUUAUGGAGAAUCAAUUUUAAUGAUGUCCAUACCACUAAUCAAAGUGAUCCGAGUAAAUUAGUGACAAUAACAAGUAUGUUAGUGGUUGAUUUGUCAGAUCAAUGUGGUGUUAUAUCUACAUAUUUACUAGUUGCUGAUAGCGCUAGUAUGUUACAUGUUAUCAAUCAGGGUACAAUAGUCAUGACAUUAAAAUCACCAGCUAUUAUAACAGCAAUGUGUGCAGGAAGAUUUAUUAAUAGUAGUAAAUUAGGAGUUCAGACACCAUCUUCUACUGGUAUCAACACAUCAAUUACAUCAAAAAUAUCUCAACAAGUAGCUCUUGGUUCUAGAACAGGAGCGGUUUAUAUUCUACAUAAUUUUUCAAUAACUCUUGAUGAAUUUGCUAAUUGUAAAUGUCCUAUAACAGAGUUGUCUGUAUUAAAGAUGCCAGAUAAAGAAACAGAUUAUCUACUAUGUUGUGGUCAUAUUAAUUCAUUACUAGUUUUUCAAGAUGGCAAGGUAUAUUGUGAAUAUGAAAUGUCUGAUUGGAUUAAUACGAUUGAUACAUGUGAUAUAGAUAAUGAUGGAUUAACAGAAAUAGUUGUUGGUUGUUUGGAUAAUACUGUACUAGCUUUAAAACUAACAGACUGAAACUAGAUUGUGGUUUAAUUGUUAAACAGUCAAUUUUAGGGCUUGACCUACCACAAAUUGCAACAGAAACAAUUACACUUGCAUUCAUUCAGGAAUCCUCCCCUAUACACCAUAUUAAAAAUCUUAAUGAAUGGGGUCAUAUAUUCUAAUUAGUAACCAAAUAAAGGCACACAAUGAGUUUUGUCACGGCAUUGUUCAUGGCGUCGUACAAAUAAGAUUUCAUUAUACCAAUAUAUUAUCGGUAUCCAGGAAAUCUAAGAAGCUAUUAUUAACAAGAAAAAAUAUGUUGCUUCAUUCGUAAUAUGCAAAUUAGCCUUGGUUCUUUUUUUACUGAUUUGGGGGGGUAAACUCAGGGAUUUAGCAUCAAAACAUCAGUUACCUGCUCCGUGUAGUCAGUGAUGGAUAGCCACAUCAGGCCACAAAAUUUCAUCUUAACGGUCGGUUACGUAUCGUCAUAUUUUCAUUUUACAUCAUAAAUUUACAAUUUGUCACACUCAAUAACAUUAACUGAAUAUGUAAAUUCUAUGGUGAUGUGUACGAUUGGAAAUAAAUUAUAAACAUCUUGUUA